AUGGUGCGGAAGCUUAAGUUUCACGAGCAGAAGCUGCUGAAGCAGGUGGACUUCCUGAACUGGGAGGUCACAGACCACAACCUGCAUGAGCUACGCGUGUUGCGGCGUUAUCGGCUGCAGCGGCGCGAGGACUAUACGCGCUACAACCAGCUGAGCCGUGCUGUGCGCGAGCUGGCCCGGCGCCUGCGCGAUCUGCCGGAGCGUGACCCGUUUCGCGUGCGCUCCUCGGCCGCGCUGCUGGAUAAGCUGUAUGCGCUCGGCCUAGUGCCCACGCGGGGGUCGCUGGAGCUCUGCGAUUUCGUCACGGCCUCGUCCUUUUGCCGCCGCCGCCUGCCCACGGUGCUGCUUAAGCUGCGCAUGGCUCAGCACCUCCAGGCCGCCGUGGCAUUCGUGGAGCAGGGCCACGUGCGCGUGGGCCCCGACGUGGUCACAGACCCCGCCUUCAUUGUCACGCGAAGCAUGGAGGACUUUGUUACCUGGGUUGACUCGUCCAAGAUCAAGCGGCACGUGCUGGAGUACAAUGAGGAGCGUGACGACUUCGAUUUGGACGCCUAG